AUGUCCCCCGCCGGCCGUUACCCCAUCCCCUUCACGCCGCCGCUCUCGGAGGCCGACCACCUGCUACUGGAGGACGCCACCUCCAAGUUGCGCUCCACCUUGCGCCUCCCGACCUCCAACCCGCUCGUCGCGCGCUGGCUCUUCUCCAACCACACCUCGGCCUUCCACGCGGACGCGGCGCGCCUGCCGCCGUCGGUCUUCUCAGACUCGCUGGUGCUGCGCAUCUCGACCGACGUCUCCUUCACGCCGUCGGGCGCGUCCCCGUUCGCGUCCCCGUUCGCCCCGCUCGCCAAGCCGGCCACCCGCUCGGCCCACCUGCACCUGCUGCUGGUGCCGGCGGCCCACGCGGACGGCCUGGUCCUGGGCUACUCGGCUGCGCUUGGCGACCCCCUCGACCGCGAGCUGUACCCGUUCGAGAGCCCGCCAGGCUUCCUGCCCAAGGGCCUCAUGCGCGGCCGCUUCGCCUUCUGCCCGGCCCAGAAGCACAUGGUCUGCGUCGUCAACGACCUGUCGCCGGACGUCAUGGGCAUCAUUGGCCUGGACUGGUUCGAGCACAACCGCCGCAACCGCUACUUCUUCACCGUCCCCAACCGCCAGUACGAUUUCCACACCCUCCCCACCCGCGUCCUCGCCCUCCUGCAGAAUAUCGAGUUCAAGGUCGCAGGCGCGGAGGAGGAGUGGUUCGCGAGGCAUCACCGCCCGCGGGAAGGGAGCCCGCAGCAGCCCCACGCCCGCCCCGCCCCAGAGGUCUCCCCGUUGGCUAGCUUGGUCGCGGACCUUGCGGAGGAACACACCCUCGCGCUGGACGACGACGCGCCGGAGGGCGAACCGGAGCUCCCGGAUCUGUCCAUAUGGAACGAUGACUUUCUCGGCGCGCUCGACCCCCUGCCGCCGGAUGACGGGCCGCCAUCGCCAACGAAGCGCGAUGCGGAACAGCAGCGGCCUUCGCCGGGGCCCAUGCCGCCGCAGUCGCCGCUGUCCACGCGCUUUGCGGAGCACAUGGAGAUCGCGUUCGGGCAGACAGGCGCGGGCGGCACGCUCGUGUCGACGUCGACGUCCGCGGCCGUGGCACCCACUGGGCGGGGCGUGGACGGCGACGCGGGCUUCGACCUCACCACCAUGUUCCACAGCCUGCUCGACCUGGAGCGGUCGCUGGAGGGCAAGUACUUUGCGCCGCGCAUGAGCAGGGACAUCAUGAACCCGCACACGGGCGAGAUCGUCGCGCGCACCACGGGCGAGAUGCGCGCCAGCCUGCAGCUCGCUAAGACGAAAGACGCGCGCAUGCUCCGCGAGCUCACCGCGCAGACGUACUACGCGAUCACGCUGCCCGUCACCAACGACGCGCGCCUUGCCUUUCCGAGACGCCCAGAGUUCACGUGGCAGCAGACGGGGCAACAGCUGCCGGAGGGGGGGUUCCGCGGUAUCGCGAAGCCAGACUGCAGGCCCGGGGAGUCGUGCUUAGUCAGGAAGAGGCCGAGGAAUGAGUCUGCCGGGGACGCGUCAGUGGGGAAUGCGAUGGAGGUCUGUGUAAAGUGUAUAGGACAGAUGUCGGAAGUGGGCGCUUCUGUAGUUGACCAGGACGCAAUACGAGAAGCGAAGAUGGAGGCGAAGAGGAGGAAAAAUCGGUUGUCGGCGGCGCGGAGCAAUCAUCGGAAGAAGGAACGGCUGGAGGCACAGAAGAAGGAGCUUUUGGACUUGAAGGAGCGCAUGGCCUUGCUGCAAGGGCGCAAGGAAAUGCUCGUUGACGCUAAUUCGGUGUUGCGACAGCAGGUCGGGACUCAGGAAUAGAUAGACGGAGGUGUUCUUAAGGCGGGCAUGGGGAAUGUUGCACGCGUCCGCGAGGCUGCGGCAUAGGGUUUGGGGUUGUACAGUGCGCGAAACUGCAAUAAAUACACCAUCGACGAGAAACAUUCUAGCACUUCUGGUGGGGUCUGCUCGAAGUUGCCACUGUCGGGAGACCGACCGAAAAGGGGGCGGUCCGGAGGGGAUUUUAGUAAAGGGUAAAAGGGUGGUAAAUAGGGUUACCUUAAA